UUUGAGUGGGUACUAGACGAGUUCAAGGCUGCCCGGGGGGCGGCUCCUGACAUGUUCCUGCAAGAUGCGGACGCGGCCAUGGGCCUGGCAGCGGACAAGGUUUUCCCAGAUGCUAAGAAACUGCGAUGCAUGUGGCACCUUGGCCAAAACCUCAUCAAGAACCUGAAGAAGGUGCUGGGGUCGGCGUUCCAGGUGUUCCUCGAUCAAUUCUACAAGACUCGUGACCGGCUCACGGAAAGUGGGUUCGAGGAGGAGUAUGCCAAGCUCAUCGAGACGUUCCCGAAGGCGAAGGAGCAUUUUUGGGCGGCGAUGCGUCUUAGUCGCAGGCUGCAGUGUGCCACCGAGGGCGACGAGGGGGGGGGCGGAGCGGGGGCGGGGGUGCAGUGGGAUGCUGGUAACGUGACGAUUGAGUCUUCUCUAGUGCAACUGAAGGAGACCGGGCCCACCCCGCAAGACCGCCGAUUUCUCUACGUAGACUGCCUCAAGGAGGCAACAGCAGCUGUAAGCUUGGGGGUAGAGACUGUGCCUCCCGAAGCCCUGCGGGCACUAGUGCGGCAAUUUAAGCAGGNGGGAGUGCACCAGGCCUCGAGGAUAGGAUCGUCCGCAGGAUUGGCGGUUGCAAAUCCAGCUGUCGUCCGCCUACCGACGAGUAGAGAUACCGGCAAACGAAAAAGGGCGUCUCACGAGGGGGGGGCUGUGGUUGGAGCGGCUAGACGGGCGUACAACCAAAGCUACAGUUGAAUUGCAGGGCCCAUGCUUUUCGUGAGUGACACGCAUCGUAGAAGCCCCGGCGUUCGGCCGCAAGUUGCUAGUCGCGGGCCGUUGUCGGCGUUCGUGUUGGUGUGU